AUAUAUAUAUAUAUUCAGUUACGGCCCCACUUGGUCGCCAUUGACGAAGGGCUUUCCUUGUCGUGCCCAUGGGUUAGCUCAACCUUUCUUUAAAAAUAUUUAGUUUUUUGGUAGAUGUGGGUCCGUUCUUGGGGUGCUACACACAUUGGAUCACUUAUUUGUCUCCCAGAACAAACACUUAACUGAAACAAAGUAGUAAUUAUCUUAGAUAAUAUUUAUUAUUCAUAGAUAAAAUCUAUAUGUAUGCAUUUACAUCAAGAAGGCAAGUGCAAUGAAGCAUUUACUCUUGCUCUCGAUUAUUGCAAUACAAAGACAUAUAUAUAUUAAAGGUUAGUAAAAUUCAGGUCGGGGUCCGGGGUAUACAAGGAUAACGGUAAAUGACUAUAUGUCUUGUACAGGGUUAUAGGAUGGAAAUGAUGUACGGAUUUAUAAUUAAAUAUAUUUGGAUGUAAUUGUUAAACUGAAUGUUAAAAGGGAUGUACUCAGUUUAAUUAGAACAAACGCUUUUAGUAUGGUUUAUAUUUUAUUAAAGAAGAUGUAAAACAUAUAAUUUCAGAACAACACCGUCAUGUCCUAUGACAUCAUGUCCUAUGACAUGGACGUAUAUAUUUUUUAUUAUUGUUUUUAACUUACCUUUGUUGUUACUAUAAAUAACUUAAUAUACUGUUGAACGUAGGGAAAAACCAAGACCACUUUUCUUUGAUACAUCAUAGAUAUUACUUUCAAAUUUUAGGUGUAUUGUAAGGAAUCUCUUGGUGGUAAGGAGUUUUUUAAAAAAAGUCUACACAACAUAAUUAAAAUUCCAAUGAUGGGCGUAUAUUGUGACAUUCUGGCACUCUUGUUUAAAAUAUUUUUUUAUAGUACUGCUUUUCUUUAUUUUCCAUCUGAUUGUCAUAAAUAUGCUACGGACCUAUUGUGCUAAGCAUGCGGGUCUAAGACUUGAUCUAUAUUACAUAAACUAGGUUCAUUUUAAUUAAGUAGAAAAUCACGGUACCCUUGAGUGUGUUAAAAUGUGUUUUUAUAUUAUCUGCAUAGCAAUAUUUUUUGAGUCCGUAUGACAUACCAUUGAAAUUAACAUGAAUUUCAUCAAAUGAAACAUUUUCACAAGUUUUAAUAUGUGUUAAGUGUAUUCUGUGGAUUGACGCAGUGGCUUUUUGUUGAUUACAGUACAGUUUCAUUUCUGAUAUCAAAUAAUCCAGUAUCGCAUAUUUUACUGUGAUUAUUUAGGGAAACAUUGUAAUCAAGUGUAAUUAACAAUGGGCAAAAAUUGUGACCUGCAGACCAUUACCAAGCAAGCUGAUGAUGACGACCGACGGACACAGGGCGAUCACACGUGAGCUAAAACAAUAACAGAAACGAAAAUGUGACCUACCUUUUAUGUGGCUAUAAUUGUAUCUAAGAGAUUUGAAAAACAAGUUCCAUCAUUUUCGUCGCCAACCCACUGUCCAUCUAUACAUCAAAUUAAAUGUGUACAUCUCUAAUACUCAGCAUGUGAAGUUGUGCAACUGGGAGUUUGUUCUGGAUUUUAUUCAGCCAGACCAGAGUUAUGGUCCUUGACUUAGUAAAAAAUAUGCACAAAGCUCAGAAGUUAGAAUCGGAUAUGUCUCAAAAUUAUCUGCCGUAGUGUUUUAUAGUAAUGUUAUUCAGCAUAUGAAGUUUCAAUGAGGAUUUCAUUCCGCCGAAUCCGAGUUGUGGUCAUUGACUCACGGUCGGAAGUAUGCUUCUUAAUAAAUAGGUUUCUGUUACACGAACCUAAAUGUUAUUCACCUAGGGUAAUAAAACAUUACAUGAAUGUUAUUCAGCAUGUGUUGUUGUGUGCCUGGGUUUUUAUAAUUAUGGGAUUUUACUUUGUCGUUUGUGUCGCACGUUUCUCAACAUGUGAGUUUGUGCAUCAAGGAUUUUAUUUACGACUCCAAAGUUAUGGCCUAUGAUGUUGUCAAAAUAUGACUUUAAGGCCUAAAUGAUCGUGACGCUUGUAUCUCUCAAAAUAAUUGACCCAAAGUCAUGGAUCUACAUGUAUAAAGGAGAGGUGUUCAGCAUAUGCAUUUGUGUAGGUAGAAUUUUUAGCUAAGUUGAGCACAAAAAGUGCACGGGGUGACCUAUUUGGAUCGCUCACCGACGGGGUCCGUCACGCCGUCUGUCGUCCGUCCGUCCACACUUUCUUUUAAACAACUUCUCCUCUGAAACCAUAGCAGAAAUUCAUGAACCUGGGUCUGCAUGUUCCUUGGAUAGUCCCCUUAAACAUUUGUGCAAAAAAAUUGGAUUUCAAACAGAACUCAGGUUGUCAUGGCAGCCGAAAGGAAAAAAAUCUUAUCCAAAACCGCAAGGCGUAGAGACAUGAUACUUGGCAUGUGACAUUGACUAAGUUUCCUCUGUGACGAUUGUUCAAAUUAUGCCCCUGAGGUGAUUAGAGGCCCUACCCCGGAGGUUCCAGGUUUUGCAUAGAUUAAUAUAGAAAAGAACCUUAAAAUCAUCUCGUCUGACAGUUCAAGGCCUUUGAUAUUUGGCAUGUAGCAUUGCCUAGGGGUCAAAUUAUGCUCCAUGGGUGAAAAGAGGCCCCAUCCAGUGUGUGUGUUGGGAGGAGGGGUGGAAGGAUGAGGUCUUGAAUUUAGGGUUAUAUAGGAAAAUAUAUUUAAAAAACUAUUUGAUCAGAUUUCCUAGACUCUUUGAUUACAAUUACCUAAUGACCCCAAGUAAUUAGGGUCACUUUACUGUGACCUUGACCUACCGACCUACUUUCUUGUUUUUUAAGAUACAGCCUUGAAGUUUCGAUGACAUAUACAGUUGUGCACACCGAUCUUAACACUGACUAAGAAUGUAAAUGUUUCAGCAUCAAUUUGUCAUUUAAAACAUGUCGAUCGAGGGUUACCACGACCCUCUUUUUUAUCUAAUCCCACGUAAUCAACUUCCUUUUCCCCUUUUUAGCAUACCCGAACACGAAGUGCUUAAUGUAAGCUAGUGUGGCCGGUUAUUGUACGACGGCUUGCGUCAUCUGUCAGUAUUUGCCUUGUUAACACUCUAGAGGCGAUAGUUGUGACCCAAUCUUUAUGAAACUUGAUCGGCGGAAUGUUUGUCUAGAUAAUCUCUAGGUCAAGUUUGAAACUGGGUUAUGUGACAUUAGGUCAGUAGACUAGAAUAAAGGAAAAUCUCGUUAAUACCCUAGAGCACACAAUUUAAGUUGUGCAGUUUCAAUCGAGCUAUCCGGCUCAUCCCGUAAAUAUACCAAAUUGAUGCGCGUUGGCAGACAAAUUGAAACGAAUUCAAAUCGGGCAAAAUCUGUGUAUCAAGUGAAAUCGGCGUAUACAAUCGAAUCCUUCUAGUGUUUCUUGAUGAACUUAUUGGAUUGUAGUGGAAUAAAUUUUAGAGCACAAGGGUCAUAACUUUUUCUUAAACAAUUUAAAAUUCUCAUACAAAGAGUUUGGCCAUAUUCUAGCAUUUAAGACACUUACUUGGACUGAACAUUCUGCUGCAUGGAGUGUUAUGUAGCUUGAUGCAAUUAAUAUAAUAUUAUGGCAGGGGGUAGAGCACAUGUUCAAGCACAUCAAUCUUCAAAACUUAUUUUCACCCUUUCACACAGAAGUUUUUCCAUUUUCAUACGGAAAAUAGAUUUCAUUGAAAGUAAAUUCUUUAAAAGAUAAUGAAAUGUCAAUGAUACCGGUAAAAGAGGAAGUGCAAAGUGCAAGAACAAUAUCUCUGGUUUGAGCAAUAUAAUUAUCACUCUUCACUUCUUUGUCACACCCAGUUUGUAAAACUUCCGUGAAACGGCAAUAGUCUCAAAAUUCCUAAUGAAGUAUAUGUCUAACUUUGAAAAUUAAACAGAGUAUUCUAUUAAAGAAAGUCUCCAUGAAACAUCUAUUUAAGAUGAGGUGUUUGUGGUUAUAGGAGGGGUGCGUGGAUUACCUUGAGUGAAUAAUCAAGUUAAGGUGGAAAAUGUAUCCGAACAAAGGAAAUGUAACAACAUGUUGUUCUUGAUGUCUUUGCUAGAUGUUCCCCUUUUGGAUUUAUUACGGAUGUUUCAUUUCAGGUGCCCAUUGUCUUGAAAGACUGUGCGACGACAGUGCGGCAAAUAUGGCGAAAGAUGUUCUCAAAAACGAGUUUGGCGAUUUGGAUCUUAUCCAUAUUAGGAGCUCUGAAGUUGAGAAGUGGAAACAAUGGGUUAGAGGUAUUUGGAAUUUGAUUCAAGGCAGGUUCAGAAAUUCGAUCAAGAAGUUCACUGACAUUCCAAUAUUCCCAAAGGUUCAAAGCAGUGUUUGGGGAUAUGUGGAAGAGUUUUCUCUCUUAAUGCUUAAGACACCAAUUCUACAUAUACAAUCAUUAGAUCAACUUGAAGACAGGCAGUAUAUUAAUCAGUCUUUUGAGCUUUUGUCAGUAUCAGUAAUACAGAACAUUCCGGAAGAUAUUGAAGUUGCUCUUGUGGGUACAUAUUUACAUGAAGAAACAAGUGAAAGUAUCGCAUCACUUUUGGACCGUGUAAACUGUCACCAGGUUGAACAGUUCAACAGCGAGGCUUCCGAUGUAUGCAGUGCCGUCUUUUUGAAGUUCUUGUCAGAACGAAUUCACACAAAUAUUGGCAAAACAGGUAGACGUAAUCUACAAAAUAUGGAACUAUUCAGAGGGUAUCAAACUAUUAAUGAAAGUGAACUCGUUUCAUUAAAAGAUACAGAAGAUGUGUACAGAAACGGAACACAAUUUCCAGUCCGUUUUCCGUCACUUAUGAUUUUGCUGAAUUCGGAUGCAGAAAUGGCUUUAGCGGAAAAGCUGGGCGCAAAUAUCAUAUCCGAAGUUGAAUUAGUCAGAAGAACACUUCAGAGAAUCAGUGACUAUAACUCAAACGAAAAAGAGAGAUUCAUUCACUGGAUAAUAAUGAACGGAGAACAUUUCAAAUAUCAUGAUGUACAAGAAUCCCUGAAGGAAAUAGCAUUUCUUGAAGCCGAAAAUGGUUCGUUCUACAAAGCCAGUGAGUUGUUUGAUCCAACAGAUGAAAAUUUGUGCAAAUUGUUCAGAGACGAGCAUGUUUUCCCUGAAAUGGUUGCGGAGAAUGAACAAAAUGUUGUGUACAUUGACGGUCUGAGAUCACUGGGACUUAAAACUGCUAAAGACCUUACUUGGAAUGACAUUGCACAUGUUUGUGACAUCGUUCAUCAAACAGCUGUAGGAGAAGUAGCCAUUGACAAAGAGAAGUGCCUUACGUUGUUAGAUGUAAUGAACAAACAUAGUGAUUUAGUCCAAAAAAGCGAUAUUUACAACAAACGAUGUCUAAUAAUAGAGGACACUUUGGUGGACACUAUCCAUCAAAGCAUCCCAUUGAAAAACAGAUGCAGAGAUUCAUCAGUACUGGUUUGCAUGCCAAGUGAAAUACAAUCAGUUAAACACGUACAACUGGUUGGAACGGCGAUGUUCGUGAUAGACUGCAAACGGUUGCCAGCGUUGUCCAAGAUUUUUGAGUGGGAAGCUCAGCCGAAAGUCACAAAGGUUUUAGAACACUUAUUAAACAUUGUGACAAAUUAUCAGACAAAACAUAAAGCGUCAUAUCUGCCUAUGGUAACGUCUGUGUACGAAUGGCUUUCAACUCAAAAGGAGUACGAUGCAGUUGAACUCAGAAAUAUCGUCCAACAGCAAUUUGAUGCUUUUGUUUGGGACGGAAAUUCAUUUCAACCGAUCAAAAAAAUGUAUGCUGAAAGUGCCAAAGGUGACGUAGAUUUGAGGCCGUUCUUAUAUCAACUUCCUUCCGAAAUUGAAAACUUGUCGGACUUUUUCCAGCAAUUAGGAUGCCAAAAAUCGAUUGAUUUUAAUACGUAUGUAGAUACUCUACAUGAGAUAAAAUAUUUGGAACAGUCAACAUCUGAUGAUGAGAAUCUUGCAGAGACAUUGACAGAAAUGUCAAUAGCUAUUUUGAAUAAGAUAAAAAAGAACUUCUUAGAUGAAUAUUUGGACAGUGAAAAACAGCUGUAUUUCCCUACAAUGACAGAAAAUGGUGGUAUCAGAAUGAUGCCUGCUAAAUCUUGUACUUUUUGUGAUGAACAAUGGCUAAAAAAUAUGGACUUUCAAUUAGACGAUGACAUUUAUUAUGUACACCCUGAGCUUCCGGUAUCAACGGCAGAAGUAUUAGGUGUACCAUCGUUACGUCAGCAAAUGAUGUCUGACACAGAAGCGUUUGCAGAGUGGGGUCAGGAAGAACCUUUAACAAGACGGUUGCGAAAUCUGUUAAAAGAAGGUUAUGUAGAUGGGUUUUCAGUGGCAAAGGAAUUAUUUCAAAAUGCUGAUGAUGCAGGCGCAAGAAAAUUGUGGAUCUUAUUUGACGAGCGAGAAAAUAAUGAUGCAAAGACACGGCUAAUAAGCGAAGGAAUGGCUGAAUGUCAAGGACCAGCAAUUUGGGCGUACAAUGAUGCGCAGUUUACAGAGCCCGAUUUUAGAAACAUAACGAAGUUAAGUGGAGCGACAAAGGAAGAUGAUUCAACAAAAAUUGGAAAAUUUGGAUUAGGCUUUUGUGCUGUGUAUAACAUAACAGAUGUUCCUAGCUUUGUAUCAGGAGAAAGUAUUGUCAUAUUUGAUCCGGAUAUGACACAUCUUGGCAAGGUUUUACCUGGAAAAAGUCCAGGAUUGCGUGUCAACUUCAGAAAAAUGAGUAAUUUGAAAAUGCUGAAAAGUCUUAAAAAUCAAUUCAUACCGUUUGAGGGUGUAUUUGACUGCAGAAUUAUAGACAGUGAUUCGCCUUUUUUCGAUGGCACUUUGUUUAGGCUGCCCUUGCGGAAUAGAGCCAGUGACAUUAGCGACGUAGUUUAUUCUUCCUCUGAGGUAAGAGGUCUAUUUGAAAAAAUAAUGUCGAUGGCAGCCAACAUGCUUCUUUUCAAUCAAAAUGUUGAAGAAUUCAAACUUCUACAUAUUCCAAAAACUGAACGUAAUCCUGCAAAUGCAGAAUUGUUAUUUGAAAUAAAGAAGGACUCUAUAAGGCUGAAGACAGCAAGCAACGAGUGCUUAAAUGCCACGAUGCUAGUUGAAGCUUCGAGGCUUAAACAGAAUCGGACGUUAUGCGAUAGUCCGCUACAAGUAAUAGAUAAAGUUUCAGUUAACAUAUGCAAUUAUGUUGAUUCAAAAUUUAAUGCACUUAUAGACAAACUGGAAGCAAAGGAGGACUGGCUGAUCAGUUGGUCAACAGGAACAGAAGAGAAAUCUGUAAGUUUAGCAUAUGAAGAAAAAGGGGCGCUUCCGCUCGGUGCCAUUGCGAUACCUGUUAAAAUUACAUCCGGCAAUGCUACCUCACUUGACGUAUUACCAUUUGGUAGUGUUUCCUCACAAUUCUAUCAGAAGGGUCAUUUAUUUUUCUUUCUUCCCUUACCUAUACAGCAUAGGUUUCCAUUCCAUAUCAAUAGUCAGUUCACUGUAACUACAGAUAGAAGGCAACUCAGAACAUCUACAGAGGAUGACAAAAAUGUCAAAAUGAAGAAAUGGAAUAAGUAUCUGCUGAAAGAUGCAGUAACAAAAUCAUUGUUAUUUUUACUGGAAAAUUUACACUUGUUUGGGUCUUUGGAAGAAUACAAGUACGACAGUUUAUGGCCACGACAAGAAACGGCGGAAAUAUUAGAGAAUCUACCUCAAGCGUUCUAUCAUAAUGUGGUUAAACCUGAUCAAUACAACGUCUUUGAAAAAAACGGCCAGUGGUUUGAUAUUUCGAGAUGUGUCUUUCUUGAGAGACCUUUUCGGUCAUCGGUCGUCGGUGAAACAGUAUUUGAAGUGUUAUCAAUGCUGACAGAGUUUGUUGUCGAUAUUUCUGAAGACGUUUAUGAAAUGCUUUCGUCGGCAAAUCAACCUUUGAUUGAAGAGAAAACAGUGUCGGAAGAACAAUUUUUCAUGAAUUAUUUGUUUCCCAACCUGGAAGAAUUUUCGUCUGACGCAGUCUUGAAAGAAAAGAGAAAAAAGUUAUUGUGUCAUGCUGUUGAUAUUCAAAAUGACUCAAUUGAUUUGUGGUUAAAGACAAACAAGUGCAUACCAUCACAACCUCAUGGAUGUCUCAAACGGCCUAAUGAAUUAAUUGACACGGACUCAGAUUUGGCUGCAUUAUUUGUGGCAACAGAUGGCUGUUUUCCGGAGUAUCCCUUCACGGAAAGACAACUAUUAAUUAAAUUACGAAAGCUUGGUCUUAUGUUCGAUGUAUUGUCAGACAGACUUGUUUUAGAUAGGGCUGAAUCAAUCGAUAAUUUCAACACAAGAUGUACUCUUUGUGCAGUGGAACGAUCGGGACACUUGCUUGGUUACCUUAGUGAAAACAUAUCGAAACACCAUUCCAUUAUUUCAGACAUUGGGAACGUUAGGUUCAUCCCGGUGCAGGCGAAACCAAAGGACUGGAUCUUUGAGUGGCAUGCUGACAUGUUUACGUCCAACAAAAUGAGAAAGAAAUGCAAACUACACAAAACUUCUAGGGAAAGAUAUCAACUGUCACAUUUUGACCGUCCGUCUUGUGUUUACUACAGUGACUGUAAAACUAUCGUUGGAUGCGUCGCUUUUGUUUUUGAUGAAAGAGUUUUCUUUAUGUAUAACACGGAAAAUAAAAGCGAAGGAUUAAGAAACAUGCUGAAAAUUAUUGGAAUGAAUGGUCUGGCGAAAAUGGAUAUUAAUAUAGACUUUGUUCUGCAGCAACUUGAGUGCAUUGCGACCUCUUACCGAAAUGUCAGCAAAAACACAAAGUCAUUUAUUACAAAUGGAAUAGUGCAGGAUAUAUAUCGACAGCUCGAUAAAGCUUGCAGAUCAAAUAAUACGUUUGAUUACGUUGCAGAAGCUACGCAAGGUAAGGCAAUUGUUUUCAUGCCAGAUAACUUUGUGUUGCCAAAGGUAGUCGCAAGAAACUGUUAUCGGGAUUGCAAACCAUACCUGUACUCGUUAAAAGAAUCACCACUUUAUGCCAAUGCACUAUUAUGUAAAUGUCUAAAUAUUACUGACGUGUUCAAGCCGCAUGAUAUUGCUUUGCUUCUUCAAGAUAUAAAACAAAAAAGAAAUGAUAGCCCCCUAUCCCAGGACGAAAUACACACUGUUAUAAAUGUGAUGUAUUGUCUGAAACACAGUAUACAUGAGUUACACGAUAGAACAUUUGAAGUUCAAAGUAUUGUUCAAGGUCAGGUACAGGCAAUCUAUGGACCGGAUGAGAAUGGAAUAUUAAGAGACUGCAAGACUAUGUGCUUCAACGACUACGAUGAACUAGAAAAAAGCGAAUCAAUGAUUUACGCUCAUAUCAGAUUUCCUCAUGAUUUAGCAAAAUUCUUCGGAGUGAAUCCAAAACUAAUUCAUACCUUUGAAGAAAGUUCGGAAGACAUUGAGGAUUUUUAUCAAGAAGAACCACUUGUAACACGUCUGAAUAGGCUUGUAGAAGGAUACCCGUGCGAUUCAGGAAUAUUCAAAGAAUUGAUACAGAAUGCAGAUGACGCAAAUGCAACAGAAAUACACUUCAUUAAAGAUUAUACAACCCACCCAAAAAAUGAUAUAUUAGACCCUAGUUACGAAGCCCUGCAAGGGCCUGCUCUUCUUGUUUACAACGACAGUGCGUUCUCCAACGAGGAUUUGAAAGGUAUUCAAAGGCUUGGGAGGGGUAGCAAAUCAGACGAUCCGUCACAAACUGGUCGUUAUGGGGUAGGUUUCAAUGCCGUUUACAAUUUGACCGAUGCUCCAUCUUUUUUUACAAAAGGCGGGGAUAUAGAGAAUGGAGAAACACUCUGCUUGUUUGACCCUUUAGCGAAGUACCUACCUAAUGUGACUAGGAAAGCGCCUGGGAAACGCUGUAAAGAUGUUUCGUUGAUUAGAAGAAUAUAUAGUGAUAUGAUGAAUGGUUAUCAUGAGAAGAAAUUAAUAGCUGGGACACAAGGAACAAUAUUCAGAUUCCCACUAAGAACAUGCGAAAUGGCCGAGACCUCAGAAAUAAAAAAUGAAUCUGUUGACAUGGAUAAGAUAUCAGAGUUGCUGGAAGUGUUUUCCGGAGAACUGAACAAUGUUUUGAUAUUCUUAAAAAAUUUGAGAACUGUAAAAAUUUCUACUUGUAAAGACAACCGCUUCAAAGAAGAGUUUUGUAUUCAUGUGGAAAUAAAUACCACCGAAAUUAAAAAGCGUAAUGAUUUUGUGAAACAGCAAAUGCAACUAUGUAAGAAGUUGAAAGGAAACAAAGAUCAUUUGUUCAAUUUCGAACAAUACGAGACAUGUUACAAGUUAGCAAUGAAUGUACAAAGUAGUACGGAAACACAAACAUAUGAUUAUGUUGUUGUUCAGGUACUUGGCUUCAAACAAAAUAUGGAACUCAAUCAGAUAGUCAAGGAAAAAUUCGUUACUGGCAAAAUUGGUCUUUUGCCACAUGGAGGUAUAGCUUUACGGGCUAAAAGAAUUAGUCUGAAUUCCUCUGAAAAUAUUCAAUGGCAAACGAACACAGUGUGUAAAGCAUUUUGCUUCUUACCACUUCCAAUUGAAACAGGUCUUCCUGUACAUGUACAUGGGUACUUUGCCUUAGAUCACGAAACAAGGCGAACCCUUUGGAAAUCCGAGCAACCAAAAAGCUGUUACAGAACUUUAUGGAAUGACCUAUUAAUAGAACAUGUCAUUGCAACGGCGUAUGUUUGCCUUUUGAAAUACACCAAAACUGUACAGUUUCAAGGAAUAACCGAUAGAUUAUCAACAUGCCCUUUUGUCGACAAUGCCCUUAGCAGUUUCCUGACCUUGUUUCCGCUUCCAGGCGACGUGUCUGAUACUUACUGGAAACAUUUGUUGUGUUGUGUCUACAAGCUGUUAGUCACUGAACACAUAGAAUUUCUACCCAUUCAGAACACGACUACAAACAUGUAUAACAAUAGAAAGACAAUUCAGUUAGCUUGGACAUCGUUAAACAUUCAAGGGUCAAAAUAUCCUGCCUAUGUAAGAGCUGAAGACAAUGGAGGACACAAUUCGUCUUUGAACAACAUUUUACGUAAGAUAGGAAUGCGAAUCGUCUAUAUUCCAAACAAAAUUAGAGAGGCUAUGGAAUACUCAAACGUUGGUAUAUCCUGUCUUCAGCCGCAUCAUGUAAUAACGUUUAUCAGCAAAUCAGAGUGUCAUAACAUAUCUCCAAAAUAUGAGUGUAAAAUUGAAACAGGAAAACAUGUAAUUCAAACUGCAUUACAGUGUGUAGCGAAUGCUGCUGACAUAUUAUCUUUUUGUCUGACAGAUUUAGAGUGUGUUGAGAAAAACCUAAAAGAUAUACCGCUUAUGAUUACUCAUGAUGGCAUUGUAAGGACAGUUCCAGAUAUUGGUUUCGUUUACGUAGAAGUACAUGACCGCUUCUGUGACUUUUUUCCAACGAAACGUCACAAGUUUCUGCAUAGUGUGAUUGCAAAAGUAGUUUGUACCAUAUUUACGGAAAAUGUUAAAUGUUUUAAGGGUAAACUGAAACGAUUCAGUCUUGCUGAAUUUGUGAGUCUUGUGCAUGAAACCCAAGAGAUAGAUAGCAACUGCACUUCUCCCAAAUUAUGGAACAAACAGAACCCACAAGAAUCAUGGAUUCGGCUUUUUUGGGAUUUUUUCUAUUCCAAGCUGUCAGAUAAAGGAAAGACAAGUGUAGGCCAACAACUACAGGUCGUUUGCCAUUUGCCUUUACUGCCUAUAAGUAAAAGUUGUUCAAAUGACAUCUAUCUCGCACCGCCUUGCACUAUAAAAGGUCUCAUAAACCUUAGAAGUUUCAUAUACAACGAAACUUUAUACACAGCUAUAAAGGCACUGGAUCUUCCACAAAUAUCAGAACCUUUCUUUGGUACAGCUGUUUUGUCUAAAAGCUACGAGUUGUUACUAAAGCAAACGGCUAAUUGUCAAAAUCCUAUUGAGGUUCUUGAAUGUCUUCAUUUAAAUUCAUGUCAGUUGGCUAUUUCAAACUUAUCAAGUGGUCAGAUAAAUGCAAUACUUUCGCAUUUUAAUGAUUGUCGUGCUGAAUUAUUGUCGCACGAUGCAGUUUUAAAAUUGAAGGAGUUGCCAAUUUUUGUAUCGCACUUUGGAAAGCGUCUGAAGUUGAAAUGUUACCAUACCAUAUAUGUUGUGCCCAACAAUUUACCCACGGAAGGACUUGAAGAUAUAGCAGAUAAAGCAAAUGUACUGUUUCUGCGUGACACUGGACAUACAAAACUAUUCACUCGCUUAGAAAUAGAGCCACUUACACUGAUGCAAGUUUAUGCAAGGUACAUCGUGCCUAAACAACAUCUCUUGCAAAGGAAAUGCUUUUACAUGCAUUUGCAAUUUUUAAGUCAGCAUAUUGUUGGUAGUGAAAACAAGGAAGUGUCUGAUCUGCUUUCAAUACUGAGAAAUACGGCCUUUGUGGAAACACUUGACGGUCGAAAAUUACGAGUAUGUGAACUAUUUGACCCUGAACAAGAGAUUUUUAAAAGAAUGUGCAAAGAUGAAGAGUUAGUCCCUGUAUGUCUAAGGACUCUCAGUAUUUUAAGAUUGUUUCGGAAAAUAGGGUUAAAGACAGAGAUGACAAUGCCUUUGUUUGAACGCUUUGCUCGGAAUAUUGAAUCAAAAGGACAAACAGAGUCACUGUCAAAAUGUGUAAUGGAAGAGGCAAAGUUGUUAAGUACACAUUUGUUGGGGAGUAACCGAGAUUUUUUUGCAAAGGAAAACUUCGACAAUUUUGCAAAAAUACGUUUUAUUACACCAUACGUCGUCGAUAAAACACUGUCUGACAUCAAAGAACAAUAUAACGGCCAUAAAUUAAUCUGUUUUGAAGGAGCAGUCAUAAACAGUUCAAAAUAUGUUUCCUGGACGGUUUCAAAUAUUUUACCUUUGUACGCAGAUCCGUCAACAAAAACACAUGCAAACCUAAUUAUGCAAAAGUUAAAACUGUCCAAAUUGCCGUGUAUAAAGAAAUUGCUUCACCACUGUGAGUAUGUUGGAAAAAGCUUAGAAAAUAUCAUCGGUUUGCCAAACACCGUUUGUCACAAAACGCUUACGCAUAUAAUGCGCGAUAUUUAUCGUGUCCUGGAUAUAUUUCAUGAAAACGGUCAAUUGACUAACGAAAUUGUGGCAACCUUCGACAAUGUUCCAAUAGUUUACUACCCAGAUACAAAGAUUAUUGUCAUUGCAAAGAGAGUGGUAAUGACCUGUAGGUCAGAGGAAGAAACACCACCUUACUUAUUAAAACUUCCAGAGUCAUAUCUACAAUACAAACAGUUAUUUUUGCGUUUAGGAGCAUCGCAAGAGCCUUCGUGUGAUUCAUUUGCUUGUGUACUACAGGCAUUAAAGAAUGAGUCCAAAGAUACAGAACUAGUGCCGAAUGAAUAUUGGAAUGCACUUAGGGCAAUGGGAAAUUUGUUUAAGCAUCUUGCUAACGAGACAGACGUUGCAGAUAUAUCAGUUGAAAAGUUGUAUUUGUUGUCUUGCAACACAACUCUGGAAGAUGCUAGAACUCUUAUUGUACCAAAUAAUCAAUAUUUUCAGAAACUGUUAGCAAAAUGCGGCUCGGUCAAAUGUUUGUAUCUUAUCGGCUUUGAGAAACUUCAUGAAUAUCACCUAAAAACGGAAGAUUGUAUAACAAAUUUGCAUCAUUUACCCCAGAAAUACAGGCCACAUUUGCUGACGGAAGCUGUAAAAGAAAGAGUAAUUCUUGAAAAUAUCAAGGGAAAAGGUCAACAAAUAUCGUCAUUAUAUGAGAACUUUUGGCAUUCUUAUGAAUUUGUUUGCGGUUUUUUACGUCUAACAAGACACGUUUGGAAAUCUGGAAGUAGACAGUUAACAAAACAGGACGAGUGUCAUAUAUCAAAAAUUUUGACAAAUAUAGAGGUAAGAAACUGUUCGGGAAUAGAAACCAAGCUAGCAUUAAAAUGUAUUGAAAACGGAACUCUUGGCGAAGAAAGUUUGGUGGAAAAUACAAACGAAACAAAGUUCAUUCAUAUCGAACAAUAUGAAGAGAAGGCAUGUGUAUUUUUUGACACAGCUGAAGACUCAUGGGAACAUAGUUUGACUAAUCAUUUCACAAUUUAUCUGAACGGACUUGUAGACAGAUGUCUUAAAGAUGAAUUCUUCGUUAUUCUGAUGGAACUAGUGUCUAUGGUGAACACGCCAGAAAGAAUAGACCUUUUCUUAAGUAGGAAAAAGAUUGAAGAAUAUACAUUGCAAUCUAUAGAAAUUGAUAAUAGUCCGUCGUGUCCUACACCUGGGGACAUUGUCCCGAAAAAAUAUCACCAGUAUCUUGAUAAUGGUUACGGGAUUAUCUAUGAACAUGAUUAUAAAUUCAUUGCAUUAGAAGUCGACGACCCCGCAUUGGAUUUGGAUUUAAGUGAGUCGGAAGAAGACGAAGAACAAACAGAAGAAUCAAUCAAGGAAGUUGAACCAACGUAUAAGUUUGUUCACAUUAUCGGAAAGAUAGGUCCAGAACAUGAACUGCCUCUUUUCCAGGAGUAUGAAAUAAAUUGUGGGUUGGAAAGUACACUCACUGUGAAGGCUUUUAAACUAUUCAAAUUCAUUCGAAAAAAGAAAAAUAGGAACUCCUCUGAGAGAUCAGUUGCUAUUUACGAUAAAACGACAGAUGAGCAACAAGAACAAACAGUACCAGCAUCUUUAAAGGAGGCAUACAGUGAAGUAAGAAAAUAUUUACGCGAAGCUUGGCGAAAAGAUGAAGAAGAAAGAAGGGGGAUCGUGAAACGUUUAUAUCUUAAAUGGCAUCCUGAUAAAAAUCCAGAUAAUAAAGAAUUUUGCACAAAGGUAUUUCAGUACCUUCAACAAUGUUUGAAACGUCUUGAAAAAGGUUUAGAUCUAAAAGACGACGAUGAUGAUGAUAUGGAUAGCCGAUCAAGUAAUUUUGACCGCAGUUCAAGUGGCUGUUAUGGGAACACCUGGUAUGACAGAUACUGGUACCGGUAUUCGAGAGGCGAACAUUACAACGAACAAAGGUAUCGUAAAAGUUCUUUUAGGCAAAGUAGCACGUUCGCAAGCGGCACGCACUUUACAUUUGAUGACACAUGGAGGUAUCGGGAAAGUAACUAUGAACCCUACCAUUGGUAUAGCAGGGCACGGCUUUGGUAUACCCAAGCAGAAUAUGACCUUCGAAAUGCCAAAGAGUCUAUGCAGCAGCUUGAAAAUCCACAAUUCAACUGGGUGUGUUACAAUGCACAUCAGGCAGCAGAAAAGGCUAUGAAAGCUGCUUGGUAUUCAAAAGAUGCAAACAAAAUAGACAGAGUCAGAACAAGCCACAAUAUGAUGAAUAUAGCGAGAGAUCUUGGAUCCUCGAUAGAGUCCCUUGCUUCGAAAAUUUCGAAUUUGACGGGAGAACAUACCCUGAUGAGAUAUCCUCAUGGAUUAUUGUGUCAAAUACCUGCAGAGGCAUACUCUAUACACACGGCGAGAUCGGUGAUAGAGGUUGCUCAAGAAAUACUUAAAUUAGUUCAUAGAAAUUAUAUUAAAUAAUGAUCUAAUGACUUUUGGAGAAACACAUUACUGUUGGAAAACACUGUACUGUCGAAAAACAUUUACAUAUUUGAAAACAUUUUGAAUCAUCGUUUAUACCUAAGAAAUUCAUUCAAGUGGAGUUUGCAUUUUAGAUUUGUAUUGUAGAUAAGUAUUACCACACUUCAUAUUUUUACACAUAAUCUUUUCAUAUCAUAUAUGUAUAUGUAAUUGUUAUUACUGUUAGGCCUUAUUUUGAUACAUGUGCACAUCUUUAUGAUGUGUGGAAUUUUAUGUCGUUAGAAAAAGUUUAAUAUCUUGCGUGAUAGUUUUCAUGUAGUACCACUUAAAGUUAUUGAAUUGGUUUGUGAUGUGAUCUAAAUUAAUUCCGGGAGAAGUCGCUGGAUAGAAGAGUAUCUCGGAACGUGUUAUUGCUUUCGUCUGUAAAUAUAUCAAUUGAUUAUACUGAUUUUAAGUAUUAUUGACAUUUUUUGUGGAUAACUGCCUAAUUUAGGGAACACUUUUGACCAACACGUUAACUUUUAGGUCGGUUUGUAUCAGCUGCACACAGUAGUAAAUUGUGUGGAAUUUAAACAUUUUAGGCAUGUCAUUCUUUUUCUUUUCUUUUUUGUGUUUUGUUUUCUGUACAGCAUCCGAAGCCUUGAAAAAUGAUAACAAUACACUCAUGAAUUACAUAUUUUUAUGCCGAGUUUUUGUUCACAUUUGUACACAUUUAUUUUCAUUAAAAAUUAUAAGAACUCAUUAGUAACAUUGAAUAUGUAACGUUCAUUUUUUUAUAUAUAACAACCUUAUUUAACGUUUUGACGUGUAUGUAAAAAUAUACGACAUCCGUUCUAUAUCUGCUGUUGUUGCACAGUCAGAUCAUUUUUAUAGUUUUGGUUCACUGUUUUUUUAUCAAUUUAUAUCGUGCAUAUUUGUGAAUAGACUUCAAUAUCUUUGUUUACAAAUGAUAAUUUAUCAUACAAAUAUAUUCUAAAAAUUGUUACUGACGUCAUUACCUGUACAAAAGAAAAAGACAGCAGUUUUCUUAUUUGAAUAACAAGGGUGUGAGGCGGAUCUGUGUGGCUUUGUGAAUGACUUGACCAUGUGGGUUCGAAACUUCGCUUGGAGUAUAGAAGUCUGUAUGUGAGGUAGUCUUCGAGUCGCCUUGCUGAAAGUCGUUGAUUCUAAACAGUUGCUUACCCCAGUUUGAAACAACGCUUUGGUGGGGCGGGCCAGGAGACACCAUCAAAUGCUGAAACAAGAUUCGCAUUUUUUCUCUUUAUUGUUUGUAUAUUUGUAUACAGUAGAUGUUGAGUUAUGAAACCAUGUAGAUUGUACAAAGUAUUAUAUAUAUAUUUAGAAUGAAGUCAUACGCAUCUGUUCCUUAAAACUAACACUAUUGUGUGUUACAAAGUUUUUGUAUUACUGAUAUGAUGAUUCCACAUUUCUAUAAUAUGCGUAUGGGUGAACGUUGUAAAGCUUGCAAUUUUGUAUCAGUCAUUUUCCCAAAAAUAUGUAUAUAAGAUCAAUUAUUGAUUUUGUGUUAUUUUGCAUACUACUUCAGAUAGCAUUGGCUGUGUUCGUUUAUUUCCUUUGUGGUUUGACUGACAUAAUUAUUAUGUAAUAUUUAAGUUCAACAAUGCAUAUUCAUACCUUAAUUGUUACACACAAUUAUACCUUACACGUUUUUUGUAGAUUAAUGUAAAGAUUGUUAUCAACGUUUGCAUUGUUUCGCUAGUUAUUUUUAUCUGAAUAGAUGAUUAUUUUAAUGCUUUGUACAUCAUGUAUGUCGUUUGACAUACUUUUACGUUACCACAAACAAGCUACAUAGUUGUACGUGGUAAGGUUACUCCAUGUUAUAUUUGUAGGGUAGUGACAUUUGUACUGAAAGUAUAUCGACAUAUGAUGAAUAGGCUUGUUACUUGACAUGGUUCGGUUUCGUGCAAAAUCAUGGGAAAUAGAGGUCAUUAUGACAUAUAAGAACUUUGAAUGCAUUACUGAUUGGCACCAAGUGAGUUAAAUUGAAACAAAUAAGUUUCUCCUAACUGCAAAUGUUGUAUGCAUCAAAAUAGAGAUUACGAGAGAUAUUUCAUGAUCGAGUUUUAAGUUUUAGCACUUUGUUUUGUUAUCAUGCCUUUGUUUGAGCUAAUUUGAAAUGAAACUGCAAUUCAUGCUUAAAACAAUAAAUUUCUGCAUGAUAUGUCUGUUUGUGAUUUUCAACUAUUUCAUGUUUACAUUGGAGCUUGUAAUUGCAGCUUGAGCGUGCCUUCAAUGUUUCGAACAAAUUUCUAUGAUUCAUAUAUUAUAUAGUAAGUUUUAUGUAUUAAAGCAUACACAUAUAGUUCAAUGUCAUUCCGAUUGUCAUUAUAACGUCAAUGACUAUGACAAUCAUUAUUUUACAAUUGUGCAAUUGUUGAGUUUGUAUAAAGCUGUAGAUAAUGUGUUUAUUGAUUUCAUCUAAAACUUUUUUUUACUUUGUUACGGUAGUGACGUCAUUUUUAUUUGCUUUGCUGUUUUCGAUCACCGUUAUGAAUAAUAGAUAAAAUGGUCUAUGGAAUAAUAUAUAAAUGUUAUUCAAUUAUUUGAGAGUAUGAACAGAUUACAAAAACAAAUUGUGUUUUGUACUGACGCUUAAAUGUGUUCACGCAUUAAUGUGAUAAGGUUCUGGUAAAAUUAUUACACGCUUUUCUUGCUCUGAAAGAAGUUAGUUUAAUCGUAGAUAUUGCUUUAUGCAUAUGAAUAAAGUGCUCAAAGUAUGAACCAUAUAAUAAAAGUAUGGCAUUUAUACGUUUUAAAAUAUUAUAAACACUUAAACUGCCGAAUAUAUUAAACUGUCUUCAGGUCAGAAUGUAGAAAAUGUCAUCAAUCCGAGGGAAUGUAAAGUAUGCUUUUGAGAUAUGUGUAAUUAUGCAGAGAGCAAAGAUCUAAUAACAAACAGACAUGUACAGAAGUAGGUACAUGUAUAUAUUGCUUUAGUCUAAAGCACAUGUUAAUAGUAUUUGGCCAAACGUUCCAAGUACGCUAUAUUAUAAAUUGGUGUUUGUCUUAUAUGCAUUGCUAUAUAAAUUGUUUUGUGUACUCUGUAAUGUUAUUUUCAUCAAGGUUAAACUGGUGGUGAGAACGUAACACAAUCUGUUGGCGAUAACGCGUUUUUUUUUACAAACAAUGGUUUUAGCACAGAAUGACCCCUAAACCAGAUGAAUUCAGAUUUAUGUAUUAAUCAUUCAAGUUAUAUUAUAUUUUCAUAUUACGAAGACUGAUUUGAUAAAUAAAUCUAGUAUGAUCAAGGAAAGACAACUCGUAUAGUAAUAUGUUGACAUUAUUGUAUUAUAUUGAAUCUACGUGAUAAUUUCUACAUAUGUAUUGCAAACAGAUAUAAAUACUAUUAAACUUUUAUACAUUGCGUAACAUCUAAAACGCGCAGAAGAUAUGUACAUUUAAUGUUACAUAUCGUAAGUGAUGAUGGUAGAUGUUUUGCGUUUUUGUGUAUUUUUAAUAAACAAAUUAAAUAAUA